AAAUUGUCUCUGAAGAAACAAUGGCUAUUUCCGAUGAUCUUCCUCCUCAACUUACGAAAGAUGUCAAGAGACGAAGCAGAAAAAGAAGAACCGUGAAAAGUAAAGACCUUGAAGUACUGAUCAGCGUCGCUACAAGGGCCGCUCAUAUCGCAAGAGACAAAGGGUUUCACGUCGUCUCUCCUGAAGCCAUACGAUGCGUCGAAGUUCUCAGAAUGAUGCGAAGCUUGCCGUUGACUCCUCGGGUUAUCGUCAAAACAGAUGCCUUGCGCUCUCUUCGAUUCCUCGCCACUAACGGUAACCCUAAAAUCAGAUCAGAGUCGAAGUCCCUUCUUAAUCACUUGAAUGGUGUGCUUGCUGCAAGUAGUUGAAGAAAAGGGUUUUCCUUGGAGAGAGUAUAAAGACUAGGGUUUAAUUUCUGAUAACAAAUUUUGUUACCAAUUCUUGUUGUCUAGUUCAAAAUUUUGAACAUGUUUGUAUCAAAUUGAUUGG